UAAAAGCCCAGACUUCCUUCUUCUCAAUAUUUUGACUCAUCCGGAACAUUUUAUUUUUCCUGAACAAAACUCAUUUUACAACAAAACAGAUUUAAUUUAUGCUGUUGGGGGGUUUGCAGAUUCUUCUAUUAAAUUUGAGGAUCUUCGAGAGCAAAUAAAAGAGCGUUGGGAACAAAUUGGGGGUGAACAAACAGAAAUUGUUACAUUAAUGAGUGGAAUAGAAAAAAUGUUUGAAAAAGCUAAAUUAGAAAUUACGGAGAAAUUACGUGCUAUUUUACUUGUUUUAUAUUCUUUGGGAUGUAAAAUAUUAGAAGGAAAAAUUGGUUAUAAAUCUGGCUACGAGGUGAUUUUCAAAACCGACAAAAUUUUUGCAUACGAUUUAAAUGAUAAUUUUAAAAAGGUUCUAAAAGUUUUAUCAGGCUUAAAUCCGGCCAAAGAUACCCCUUUAAAUGAAUUAGUUGAGAAUGCAGAAUUACUUGAUAAACUUGCUGGUAUUGGUUCUAAAGUUGAAAUUAAAUAUCCGAAAUCAAGUAAUCAACCUAUAAAUUUUGCUUUAAUGAUUGAUAAUGUGGGAGAUGCAGAGAAGAUGUCUGUGCAAAUAUUGACAGAAAUUAUUGAUAAAAUUAUGCAUGAAGUUGCUGGAAAUGAAGGUGGUUGGGGAUAUGUUAAAUCUGAUAAUGAUGAAAUAAACAAAAUUAGUAAAGAAGAAUUAGUAAUUAAUGAAGAAAUAGAAAAGAGUGACAAGACUAUUUUGGAUGAAAAUAAAGAAAAAAUGGUAAUUGAAGAUUCUAAAAGUGACAAUAUUUUGGUUAAAUUUUGGAAAUAUUUUACAAAUGUUUGGACAACAUUCAUACAUUUCUUUUUUUAA